AUGCCACAUGGUGGUGCCGUCCAGAACAAACCUUGGAACGCUGGAACCAAACCAAACAAUGGCACGGGCAACUCUGUCUUGACCGCCUCCAUUGAGUCCAUUCCAUUUCCCUCCGACCCCCCCGUCAUAUCCACUUUCAAAGGAGGCUUGAUGAUGGCAAAUAUGUUUCCCUACGCCUUCGCCCGGCGGCCGGCCCCCCCAACUCUGCCAUGGGCCGCCGCCAAACUCAAAAGGAAAUGCCCAAUGACUCUCAAAGAUCGGCCGAGAUUGGAGUUGGAGAAGAAGCGCAUCCGCAACCUCGAAAUGACUCGCACGCCCGCCCGCCAAGCGGGCCUCAAGCGGCGCCGGCUCGCGGCUAUCAGACUUUGGGGUCCCUGCUGCAUACGAAUACAUCGUACAGUACACACAGAAGAAACCCCGAGUUUCCCAAUUCCGCCUCAGAUCGUCCUUCGGCAUCUCAUCUGGGGAUCGAUCAUGUCCCCUUCGUUCCCGGACAAGCGCCCCUUGCCCCCCCCAAGCGAGAUUCACUCGCUCCACACCAAAGAGGGGGGAGAACUUUCGGCAGGGACGGACAUCUUCGCCUCGUCCAAGCAAACACAAAGGUCGGGCGUCAAAGUUUCAACCCUCUAG